AUGCCUUCUUACAUUGUUACCCUCAAGGAUACCGCUACCAAUGACGAGAUCGCCAAGACCAAGGAGGACGUCAAGAAGCAGGGCGGCAAGAUCGGUCACGAGUACACCCUCAUCAAGGCCUUCCAGGCCAUCUAUCCCGAGAACACUAUCCACAGCCUCGAGACCCAUGAGCACGUCAAGGGAGUCGAGGCCGACCAGGAGGUCAGGACCCAGCCGUCGAGGUUCCCAAGCCCUCUCAAGGCCUCCUUGAGCUCAAACUACCCGAGACUGUAUUCCAUCCUUCAACAAAACAAGGAGAGACCCCAUUACGACCGCCCGCUCAGCAGUCGCCAUGAGCUAGAGGACAAAGUCCCAUGGCUGGCUAGCCAGCCUCUACACCAGCUGAGUCUGGCCGAUCUCGUCAAACACGGCCGCCCCCCUCUCUCCGCCGAAGCCCUCCUCUCCUCCGCCCGCUUCACCCUCUCCCUCCUCCCCAUCCGCCUCGCCCACCGCAUCCAAGCCCUGCGCAACCUGCCCUACAUCGUCGUCUCCAACCCCAACAUCUCGCGCAUCUACAACAACUACCAGCACUCGCUCUCGACCUUGCUCCCCUGGCAAGGCAAGACCAUCAGCUCUCUCGACGACGAGAUCAAAUUCACCCAAGUCCUCGCCGAGCUCGUUCAAACCCACACCGACACCAUCCCCAUCCUGGCCAAGGGCUUCAUCGAAUGCCGCAAGUACAUCUCCCCGAGGGAAGUCACCCGCUUCCUGGACGAACACCUGCGCGCGCGCAUCGGCACGCGGCUGGUAGCCGAGCAGCACAUAGCCCUGCACUACAGCUCGACGCCGCACUUCGACCCGGAAGCCUCGCCCACGCCCUGCCCGGAGCCCGAGACGCACCCGUCGUACAUCGGCGUGAUCGACACCGCCCUCCGGCCCGCAAGCGUGAUCGACUCGUGCGGCGGCUUCGUCGCCGACAUCUGCGAGCUCAACUACGGCGUGCGCCCCGAAUGGGUGGUAGACGGCGAGCCGGACGCCACGUUCGCGUUUGUGCCCAUGCACCUCGAGUACAUCGUCACGGAACUGCUCAAAAACGCGUUCAGGGCGACGGUGGAGAACGGCAUGAGCCGCGAGCCGGUUGUAGUAACGAUUGCGCCCGAGCCGGCUAGUAGUGCCGCUAGCGCGGCCACUCCCGGGGUUUACUCGGAUUGCCCUACCAAGAACUCGAAAGCGCAUGGGAUCAUCCCCCUACAUGAUCAUGCCCCCGGCGUGACGAUUAGGAUCAGGGAUAGAGGGGGCGGGAUCAACCCGGCGGUGUUGCCGCAUAUCUGGGGGUACUCGUUUACGACGUUUAACGAGGCGGACGAUGAUGAGCCGCCAGGGGCGUGGGGGGAGGAGGCCAUGGGGUUGAUUUCGACUACCGGGGUGGGCGGGAGCACGAUUGCUGGACUGGGGUAUGGAUUGCCGUUGAGUAGGGCGUAUGCUGAGUACUUUGGGGGAGGGAUUGCGGUGCAGAGUUUGUAUGGAUGGGGGACGGAUGUGUAUCUGAGGUUGAAGGGGGUGGGCAAGAUUGAGUAUUGA